AUGGUGAGGGUGACGCAACAGGGAGCGGGUGGUUGGGCCGAAAUAUCGGUUGAGGGUUGUGAGGGAGGGGCAGCGGAAGGGGGGCGUGGCACUGUGGUUGAGGCAUCAAGAGCGAGUGAUGUCACCGACACGCUGCCUGUCCCACGCGCUUUCGCUGACAGUCGCCGCUCAUCUGCUGCCUCCGCGGUCUCUGCCUCGUCACUGCAGCCAGAACACAUUCCAGACGUAGAUGAAGACAUAGCUAAAUUGAUAAAUUCCCAACCGAGUGACCAAACUCUAGAUGUAGAAAAGCCAGAUCGGGGCAAGUGCAACUUGGCGUCGCCGCAGGAUCGCCUCUCGCUUUCCAAUUUGUCAUCAUGCGACACUAGCUCUUGUAGGAACCUUUUCAGGCCGGAUACCGGCACGGAUCGCGGCACCUACAAUAGCAGCAGCCUCACGAUACCGAACCUCAUUAUAUCGGAUGACAGUGACAAGAGAGAUUCUAUGAUGCACGGAGAGACCUACGAAUCAGACCAACUUACAAUUAUAGAUAUCGACAAACCGUAUACCGACGAUGUGCAUUUCCGGGACCUGAGCGAGAGGGUCACGCCCGCAAGCGGUGAAUGCACGCCCGAAAGGAAACUCUCCAGCGUUGACUUGGAGGUGGAUGCAACCAGCUCCGAAGGGUCCAAUAUCAGCGAGGACUUCAGCCUCAUGUCCGAAAUCAUCGACACGAAGCCCGAGGACCUUGACGAGGGUGGUGGCAUUGGGCAUAUUGACUCCCCGGAGGCCUCCGAGACAACUUACGUCAAUUCAGAGACGAUACACGGUGAAUCGAUCAUGGACGACAUAAGCUCGAUGCUCGGCCAAGAAGUGCUACUCGCCAUGAUGGGCAAGAGUGGUGACAACGAGACAUACACCGACGACACGACCCUGUUUACGUCGGACACUGUUUCCGAUAUACCAAUGGAUAGCAGAAACCCCAGCUUAGAGAAGAAUACCGAAAGCAAAUUGAAGCAUCUAUCGAAAAUGAAAAAACGCAAGGAGGCCGAAGUAGAGAAAUUUGGCUUCGAGAACAGAGUAUUCUACAUAGAGAACGCGCCGAAAGCUGAUGAGCAGAUCAAGUAUUGCAGCUUAGCUCAAUUCGAGGAGGGCAGCGACAUCGCUCGCAAGUCUUUUCGAAAGCAGUUAAGGAAAAGCGUGAAGAAACGCGUGGGAGACGACUCUGCCACCAAGCAUCUUCUGCCUAAAACAACAGAAGAACACGCCUCAAAGGACGGAUCACCGGUACGGACUCCGCCGAAACCGAGUACCCUGCUGAAUGAGGAUACGGUUCCGAAAAACCAAGUUCCGAUGUUUCCCCAAGUCAGCGUGGUGGUGGAGCCACCAUCUCCAUCACACAGCGAAGAACGGAAGAGCCUCAAGGCAAACGGAAGCCGAAUGGCCUCCGUACUUAGUGACAUUUUCGACCAGGGAACCGACACGCUAAGCGUCCACUCACCGGAACCAAGCCUAGCGAAUGGUAGGGAGAGGCGGCAGUCAGACAAUCCAAAACUGCUGGGUUCCACGGAUAGUGAAUACGGGAAGUUCCUCAGCUGCUCACCGGCCGCAACCAGGAGGAUCUCGUGCGGAAGUCUCUUCAAGCCCGGGGAGCCGGACAACAGAUUGUCCACGUCGGUGUCAUCGAUAUGGGGGGACAGUGGCGUCGUGGGAGGAAUGGGUUCCUCUAGAUCCGAUACAAGCGAGCGGGCGAGGAAGCUGCCAAUCAUCAACCCACUGGUACAGCUUCCCGCUUGGCCACACGUCGCUCAGGGGUUCAUCAGCCAGUGUUUACUAGCUAAUGCCGACGCGCUUUGCGCCGCCGUCAGUCCCCUAAUGGACCCCGACGACACGCUCCUAGAGGGCUUCUACGAACGGGCGGUAAUGAACAACUACUUCGGCAUCGGCAUCGACGCAAAGAUAACCCUCGACUUCCACAAUAAGAGGGAGGAGCACCCGGAGAAGUGCAGAUCGCGAGCAAGGAAUUACAUGUGGUACGGCGUGCUAGGGUCCAAGGAAUGGGUGAACAGAACUUACAGACAUCUAGGGCAGCGCGUUCAGCUUGAGUGCGAUGGGCAGAGAAUACCGCUGCCGGAGCUGCAGGGCAUCGUGGUGCUGAACAUCCCGUCGUUCAUGGGCGGCACCAACUUCUGGGGUGGUACACGGGCAGAUGACAUCUUCCUUGCACCGUCCUUCGAUGACAGAAUAUUAGAGGUGGUAGCAGUGUUCGGCUCCGCCCAGAUGGCGGCGUCGCGCCUCAUCAACCUGCAGAAGCAUCGCAUCGCUCAGUGCCGCGCCGUCCAGAUCAACAUACUAGGCGAGGAAUGCUAUGUCCGGUCGCGCGCUUUAGAGACGAGCCUAAGAGCAUGGGAUGAGAAACAACAGCAGAAGGCCCAGGCCAGCACAUCUUUGUCAGCUUCAGAGGCAGCUCAGCUUUUGGCGUUACUGGAUGACGUCAACACACUAGUGAAACACGUAAAGCUGUCGUGUAUCAGCGAGGCGGGGGCGGGCGGGAGCGCCUUGAGCGCAGCUAGGCGGGCGGCCGCUAGGGCGGACGCCUUACAGGAUGCGGAGGGGCGCCUACUGCCGCCGCCUCAGCUGCGUCGCCUUCUCGCGGCCCUGGUUGAGAGUUGCUAUGAGCUGGUGGAGAGUGGGUGCGCGGGGGCGGGGGCAGCUGGAAGCGUGCGCGCACAUCUGGCCCGAAUCGAUACACGCGACGGCCUUGCGUACCUUCACGCUGACGAGGUGCCGCGGCGCGCGUCGCGCUGGCUGCGCGGCCGCCGCAGCGUGUCCGAGGGCAGCGGCACGUCGCAGGGCGGGCUAAAUGUGCGCGCGUGGGGCGUGGCCGAGGUGCAGGCGUGGCUCGGCACGCUGCAGCUCGCCGAGUACGCGGAGGCGUUCGCACGCCAUGACGUCACCGGCCGCGAGCUGCUGACGCUCGCCCGCCGCGACCUUCGCGACCUAGGAGUCACCAAGGUGGGCCACGUGAAGCGAAUACUGCAAGCGGUCAAGGAGCUGCAG